AUGGGCCGGGACUCUAGUACUGCGCUUCUCGAUUUGGAUAUUGAUCCGCUCCUCGGUCUGUGGGAGGGCGUCCGCCCCCCGAAUACCCAGCCACAAUGCUCCAACCCGGCAAGUUCGCUGAUGCGGUUCCGAGAGGAGAUGGACCAGCGCAUUGCGGAGGCGGACGCGUACUUCUCGGACCCUCUCAAAGUCGUGCAGGGCUGCAAAGAGGAUAGCGCGGGCCAAGAAGCCGAGAACCCGGCUGCGUUGCUCCUAACGUGCUGCAAAGACUUCAUCGACAUUAUCCAGAGCUUGGUACCGGCAAGUCGGGUACACGUGCAGAGCGAGAAUACGCUUAGCACAGAGAUCGUGCUCCUGGCUCUGUCGAGCUACCUUGCAUUGAUGAGGCUCUUCGACUUCCUGUUCCAUACCAUCUACAAAUUUAUCUGCAAGAUGCCGCCGGACUCGUUCAAGUCCGUCAAGGUCAAGUCGGCACUCCGCAUAGGUGGUAUCUCUUCGCUCCAGGACAUGCCGCUAAAGACAUACGCCACAGGCAUCCUCGAUGCCAUUCAGGGCCAGAUGCGAACCCUGGAGCGCUGCAUGGGGAUUCCGGCUGAGUACUGCCUCUCGGGCGAGCCGACUGUCUCACCCACAGCUGCCACCCCAGGUAUACUCUCCCAUGCAGACCGAUCACGGUUAUUUUGGGCUGUCAUGGCACAGGAGGACAUCAAGUCACUACGGGGUUGCAAGUCGUAUGUAGAGUCGAUACGAGCCAGUAUCCAGGACUCGAUGAGAUUUCUUGAUGAUUGA